ACUAGCAGGGAGGCUGCUGUGUCCCCCGGAGCACCUGUAGUACAGCAGGGCCCAAAGAGCUGCAGUGCUCACCUAGCUGGGGCUUUGCGCUCAAACCCACUCAAUACCAACAGGAACCAGGGCUCCCGUCCCUUCCCUGCCUACUACCACCAGCAAGCCCACCACACUUGGUAGGAGCAGCUGCUCACUUUGCCAAGAUGUCCAAAGUAGCUAAGUACCGGCGGCAGGUGAGUGAAGACCCCGACAUCGAUAGCCUGCUGUCCACCCUCUCCCCUGAAGAGAUGGAGGAGCUGGAGAAGGAACUAGAUGUGGUGGACCCAGACGGGAGCAUCCCGGUGGGGCUGCGGCAGAGGAAUCAAACGGACAAACAGCCCUCGGGCUCAUUCAACCGGGAAGCCAUGCUCAACUUCUGUGAAAAGGAGAGCAAGAAACUCAUCCAGAGAGAGAUGUCUGUGGAUGAAAGCAAGCAAGUGGGGAGGAAGACAGAUGCCAAGAAUGGAGAGGAGAAGGACAGCGAUGCCAGCAGAAAGGCCCCAGGCCCCAGACAGGACUCAGACCUGGGCAAGGAGCCGAAGAAGGGCGUUUUAAAGAAAAGCUUCUCCAGGGAUCGAGAGGAGGCCGAUGGCAGAGGGGGUGAGAAGCCCAAGGAGGAGAAGGUCAUCAGAGGUAUUGAUAAAGGCAGGGUCAGGGCUGCGGUGGACAGGAAGGAGUCUGGGAAGGAUGGCAGAGAAGAGAGGGCAGCCGCUGCAAGGAAGGAGGAAGAAAAGACAGGGAGUGUCAAGAACGCAGGUCUGAGCAGAGACAAAGACAAGAAGAAAGAAGAGGUGAAGGAGCCCAGCAAGAAAGAGGAGGUGAAACUGACAGCAGAGAGCAGAAACACAGUCGGGAGACGGGAGGACGGGAGGCUGAAAGAGUCAAGCAAGGAGAACAAGAAACCAGAGGAUGAGGGCAUAGGUUCUGGGGGCAGAGACUGGAGAAAAGAGGAUGAAAAAGUUAAGAAGGAAGAAAACCAACCUGACAAAGAAGUCAGGGAAGAGAGCAAGACCAAAGCCCCGGAGAAACAGGCGCCCAGUUGCCCCAACAAGCCCUCUGAUGGGCAAGCCAGAGCAGAAGAGGAAGCAGCUCCCAGCAUAUUUGAUGAACCUCUGGAGAAAGUGAAGAACAACGACCCAGAGAUGACAGAGGUGAACGUCAACAACUCAGACUGCAUCACCAACGAGAUCCUGGUCCGCUUCACAGAGGCCCUGGAGUUCAACACUGUGGUGAAGGUGUUUGCCUUGGCCAAUACUCGGGCUGACGACCAUGUGGCCUUUGCAAUUGCUAUCAUGUUAAAGGCCAAUAAGACCAUCACCAGCCUCAACCUGGACUCCAAUCACAUCACUGGCAAAGGCAUCCUGGCCAUCUUCCGGGCCCUCCUCCAGAACAACACUCUGACAGAGCUGCGCUUUCACAACCAGAGGCACAUCUGUGGGGGCAAGACUGAGAUGGAGAUCGCCAAGCUGCUCAAGGAGAACACCACCUUGCUCAAGCUGGGCUACCAUUUUGAGCUGGCAGGACCCCGGAUGACUGUCACCAAUCUGCUCAGCCGAAACAUGGACAAGCAGCGACAGAAACGGCUGCAAGAGCAAAAGCAGGCCCAGGAAGCCAGUGGAGAGAAGAAGGACCGGCUGGAGGUACCCAAGGUCGGGGCUCUGGCCAAGGGCUCCCCCAAACCUUCACCCCAGCCAUCUCCAAAGCCUGCUCCAAAGAACUCACCCAAGAAAGCAGGUGUUCCAGCAGCCCCGCCUCCCCCUCCCCCUCCCCUGGCCCCGCCCCUUAUCAUGGAGAACCUAAAGAACUCACUCUCACCAGCUACCCAGAGGAAGAUGGGAGACAAAGUGCUCCCUGCCCAGGAGAAGAACUCGCGUGACCAGCUCCUGGCUGCCAUCCGUUCUAGCAACCUUAAGCAGCUGAAGAAGGUAGAGGUGCCCAAGCUACUUCAAUAGGACAGGCAGCCGGGCAUUGGUACCAAUGCCAUGACUGCCCAGACUCUUGUCCCAGGGCUACACAGACCCCCACCACCCCACCCUGGCUGAGCUGUUGCAGCUGUCCCUGUCCACCAUGGGAGAGCAUGAGACCUGGACCACGCUCGAGGGAGGACACCUCAUCUCUUCUCCCUUUCCUUUUCUUGUCUCUGAGGCCCUUCAAAAAUUGCUUUGAAACCUGGAGCUGAAGUGUCCGGACAAGAGGAGUCCUUUAAGCACGUCACAGAGAAGAUGGCACUGCCCAGAGCCCAUGUAGCAGGCAUGCUGCCAAAGGCUUAUGAUGCAGAAAAGAUGUCUCCCAGGGACCACAUUUGGACCCCAGCCUCACUGUCCCCAGGGCCAGGAUUCAGGUCUCUGAGGAGCCCUUGGGCAAAGUUGCUGGGCCAGUGGCACUCUAUGGGACAGUGGUAGAGGCUGGAGGGGAUGAAAGUCCAAAGGCAAAGUAGGAGGGCAGAGGAUACUACAAACCCUCCACCUGAUAUGCCUGGGCAGCAGGCAUGGUUGGACAGUGCCUGAGAGAGGGUAGGCUCCAGAUGGGAGUAGAAAGACAGACAGACAGCAGCUGGACCUGAAGGGUUGAUGCCAAAGCAGACAUUUUCUUCACAUCACCUGCUGCUGUAUAAAUAGCUAUAUAUCUGUUUUUCCAUAAGAUUUUGAUAAUAUAUACAAACCUUUAGCUUCAAGUGGCUAUACCUCACCUUUUUUCAUGUUAAUGGUCCUAAUGUUCCCAAUGGUCCCAGGUUCCCUAAAAGGCCUCCCAAAGCUCAGGGUCCCUGGCAAGCCAUUCAAGGUGACAGUAGACAUCAUCCCUAGAGUCCGUGUACCACUACAGAAAGGGCAGUCUGGGGGGAAGCUUGAAUUCUUGAGACAACCUUGUGACCUGGUGUUCCAGGUCUGUUCCUCAGCCAGUCUCUCUGCCUCGUAUCUGUGCCCAGAACUGUUCUCAGGGGCUGAGAGUCACACAGGGCCCCGGGAUGGCUAUAUUAGGCACGUUCAGGAAUGAUCAUUCCGUGACUCUUCCUACUGUAGGCUCAGGGCCAGCUCUUCACAGCAGUUACAGGCGAAGGAAGGCAGAGUGAGUCAGAGUGACUCAGGGAAGGACAGCUCCUGCACCCAGUGUGACUUAGGGCCAGAGGUACCUCUCCACCCCCAGCAUCCCCUGCUGGAGGCAGAGCCACCACAGCCAUCACCGGGGGUACAUGGAAUACUGUCCCAACUAGGGAUGAAACUCAGAGUCAGGUUCCACGCCCAGCACAGAGGCCCUGUUUUCCAUCCCCGGCACGAUUUCUUUCUGAUUUACUGCCCUGACGGUAACUGUGCCACCAUGAAACUGCCACCUUGGUUCUGGGUCACAGACAGGUGCUCUGCCUUUUUGUUUCUCUUUUUGUUUCUUUUUUUCUUUUUCUUCAGUUAGCAGAGAGCAAAGCCAUUGGAAUAUGGGUGGGGUCCCACCUCCCUAAGGAAGUAGGGUAGCUGUUAUAGGGUCUGGCUCAAAUCAGAGAGGGCUAACUCAUAUCCCAGGGUACACUCUGAUCCCAUUCCUUCCCAACCCGUCUAUCUACUGCUCAAGUAAUGGGCUGGCCCAGGGGAGGAGAGAUACCAGCGCUGGUUCCCAGAUCGCAAAGAGUAUGCUUUGGAGUCAAGCCCAUGAGCUUUCAUCUGAUGGUGCAGGGCACUAGCUAGAUGCUUAAGGGUGCUUCUGCUUAUCUUCCAACUCUGUGAUGUGGAAGCCAAUCGCCUCGAUGUUUUGCAGAUAGAGUUAAUCAGCUGCACGUGGGUACAUGACGAAUAAGAGGUAGGGCUGAGGUCUUAACUCCUCUCUGCUGCUGAAAAAACGGACCAGUGAUAGUUUUUCACAAUGACAUUGGAAGCCAAAUGGAACUAGUUUUACAUAUAUAAAUAUAUAAUUUCCUCUUUU